UUUUUAUUUUCUUAUAAAAAAAAAGAAACGAAUAAAAUGGCCUCGACAAUUCCUUUAUUGGAAACUCUUGAAAUAACAUUAUCUGCAACAGGCGUUGUUGAGUUGGCGUUUAGUAGACCCAAACGUUAUAAUGCAUUAUCUGCCUUAUCAUACAGAGAUUGGCUUGCAGCUAUUCAGUGGGCUGCUACUUGCGAUGCAGUUAAAGUAGUUGUUCUAACGGGUAGGGGAAAAUAUUAUACUUCAGGACAAGAACUAGUAGCACCUGACACUAGUCCCGAAGGUGUUGAAAAUUCAAAAAAGAGAAGAAACGUGACAAAAACUUUAGUGGAUGAACUUAUUAAUUUUCCAAAACUAUUGAUUGCUGGUGUGAAUGGACCAGCUAUUGGAUUUGGUGUUACAUCACUUGCAUUAUGCGAUAUUGUUUAUUCUGUACCUGAAGCCACAUUUGGUACACCCUUUAUGAAAUUAGGGUUCUGUGCGGAAGGUUGCUCAUCGAUUUUGUUUCCUAAAAUAAUGGGGCCCAGUAAAGCCAAUGAGAUGCUCUUGAUGGGUCGUACAUUCACAGCCCAAGAAUUAGAACAAUGUGGAUUUAUUAGUCAAUUAAUACCAUUGGAAGGAUUCAAAGAAAAAAUACUGGAAAUCGCAGAAAAAGCGGCAGAAUUCUCUGGCGUAGCCAUGGGAAUUACCAAGAAAUUAAUACGCGACAAUGAACGAGAAAAGCUGCUUUUAGUUAAUGAUAUUGAAAUGAAACAAUUAAGUCUGUGUAUGGAGAGUAAAGAAUCGAUGGACCAAAUUCUUUUAUUUGUGAACAAGAGGAAAAGUCGACUUUGAGAGACUCCUGCAUAUACAAAAAUAUUCUCUUUUGGUCAACUGAUUCUAUUACAGUUAAAUCCGUGUGCAGGAAAGAAUAAAAUAUUACUUUUAGGAGUGAAGCUCCUUUUUUUUAUUUUGCUAUAUAUUU